UCAAGUUAGGAAGGACUUCCUUUUCAGCGGGAAAGAUUAGGUAUCGAAGGUGGUACAAGCGCAGGUAUAAAAGUGGUGUUCGGUUUUCUUAAAGCAGAGUAACCCGAACUACCUUAAAGGAUAGCUACUAUUGGAACAAAAUGUGCGCCAAAAUUUUAUUACUUUUUGCACUUUACGUGCUUGGACAGAAUUCGGCGCUCACAUUUGCUACAAUAGUUGCCGAACCAACUCCAUGUCAGGCAGCAUCAGCCGGAUAUUUUGGUGCAAAUCCAGGUUUCUACGGCGGAUUUAACCCCACCGUCACCACUACAGUUACUGAUUUUAUUGACGGCUACGGAGCUAACGACUUCUUUGGGUCAUAUACAACAGUCAAUUCGGCCGGAAACAAUCUUUAUCCAACCUUGGGAGCUCCUCUUUUACCCCCUACACCACCAUGUCAGGCAAUAAUCGUUUGUCCAGGAAACGGAUAUCCUAGAUAUCCAGGAUAUCCCGGAUUUCCAGGAUUCCCAGGUUUCCCCGAUUUUCCUGGAUUCCCAGGUUUCCCCAAUUUUCCUGGAUUCCCAGGUUUCCCCGAUUUUCCCGGAUUUCCAGGUUUUCCUGGAUUUCCCGCAGGUCCUUGUUUUUCUGGACUUCCUAAUUUACCCGGAUUCCCUGGGUUUCCCGGAUUCCCUGCAUUUCCCGGAUUCCCUGCAUUUCCCGGAUUCCCUAGUCUCCCUGGUUCUCCUUGUUAUAAUGGAAUUCCUAUUGUUCCUUAUUCCGGGAAUAUGGGACUCACCAAUAUUCUGUAAUGGUCUGGUGUUAUGUAAG